CGAACGAGACUGCAUGAAUUUCGAGUGCGUAGAAUUACCGACGUUUCGAUCGGUCGUUCGUUAAUUAAUUACGCGUCCCGCGGAGAGAUUCGGCUCGCAAUCCAGCGAAAUUCGCGACGCUCCGAUCGAAACAAUCGCGAGCAGCACGAUAACCUUACCGGUCGCGAGAAUUCCUGCUUCAUGCGUACGAUCGCAUGUUUUUUUCCGUGAUUGAGCGCGUAUCCGAUGCUCCACUUUGUACACUAUGCCGGCCGCGCACCUCCGUUAGCAUGGCGGCCCGUCGUGACUCAAUUUAAAUACGGCCAAUUAUUGCGAAAUGCUGACUUGGCGAACGGUACUAACUGCAUAAACGGGCCGGAGACGCGGACGAUAUUAGCAGUGAGAAAGUAUCGAACAUUAUGCCGAGCACGAAGGAUCCUUUCGGCGAGGACGUCUCGCUUCUCUACGACGCGAGGUAUCAAGGGAUUCCCGAAGACGUCGGCACGCCGAUAAUAAAAGGCGUGGUGAACCAGCUGAGGAAAUGGCCGGCGGAUCUAUUCCGCGCGUUUUUGGCAGUUUGCCUAAUUAUCGCCAGCAUGGUCUUGCUGACGUUUGUCAUGGUAGCCGUUUCUCUGCCCAGCGUCGUCGGAAACAGGUGUCGAAUCGAAACCAGCCGAAUCUUGGACGUCAAGGAGUCGUCGAACGUGUACUUCCUGAAACUGGGUCACCGGAAUUGGUCCACCAGGGAAUUUUGUUACGUCGAGACAGCAGCCCGCAAGCAUCCCGACUUGAGCCUGCAUCUAAUAAAUCUCCUGAGAGAAGAACCUCUUGGGAACCAACCGGACGAUCCGAUCGAAACUCGAGCAAGCACAAAUGCGAACGAAUCUCUCGCGACUGAUUCGCGUCCAGCCGAAAGAUCCUCGCCAACUCCGGAGGAUCGCAUCAAGGAACGAUUGAGAAUCGCGAACCCCAAUAUAAAGACCGUCGAUCUCUCUGUCGGCAGAUUCUUCAAAGGCUCGAAGUUGUCGAGGGUCGCGAAAAGUCUGGACGACGAUGUUCUCGAACUGGCUGCGAAGGCGCAGCUGCUCUGGAGCGUUCCUGGAAUCGCGGUGAAGCCGAGCAUGUUCUGCGCUCUGGACACCGUGAAACGGUUCCUGUGCAACGGCGAGAAGGAUCGUUGCGUGCCCGAUCAGCUGGCGACGAUCGAGCCUGAUAACGACAUUCAGGCGACCGCGGUGCCUUGUCAGGCGUUCAUGGGAUUUCUUGUGCAGGAAAUAUCGAAGACGAAGUUCGACGGCAAGUUCACGAUUAACGAGGCCCUCAGGAAAUACUGUCCCAGGUUAUAUUAUUGCCCAGAGGUAAGGAAUUUCGAUACAGGUGCAAAGUGUUCAACAGAUUCUUUGGACUGUCCCACUGUCUACUCUAGUGUCCUGACCAAGGACGAUCCCGAUUCGCACAGUCUCAUCACUUGACGAUUCACUUCUUUAUUCAAACAUGUGUACAUUGUAGUAUAUAAAGGAUGGAGAAACAUUCUUACGAAA